CUGCUUUUAAUAACAGUAUAAAAAUUGAAUUCAUUCAGCAAAUUCAUCAAAUUGUAUGUAAUAAAUUAUUAAUGAUAAUGAUUACAGUGGGAAGCGUGAAACUUCUGCCACUGACUAAUAAAUGCUUAUUCGUAAUUGUGUAGUGAAUGAGAUGCAGAUUAGAUACGGUGCUAUCCGGUGAAGUUAAAGAAGACGAAACUAAGGUGCGAUGCAUCUGAUCGGUCGCAGGCUUCUGUAGGCGAGCUCUGCGGGUUGGGUGAAGCCAUGGAUGGCGGCGAAUGAAUUUCUACAGGUCAGGGAUGAGAGGAAGAUUAAUUAGAAGGUUUAAAGUUGAUAAAUAUUACAAAAGAACCGGGUGUACGUGUACGCCCGGGUGUACCAUAUAAUUUACGCUUGCAGUUAUCAAACUGCCGGUCAAGUUGAUUUAUUUUCUGGGCAGGGCUAUGUCGGCGGAGUUGUCUUACCCACUCAACUGUUGCAGUCUCUGUCCACAAAAAAGGGUUCCUGUCAGACCAAAUGCAACAUCUGGCUUCAAUGAUAAAGCUGUUAAAACAUAUCAGCCAAUACACAUUAAUUAGAAAGAGUACAUCGACAUGCUCUUACAGUACAGCUGUUCGAUCUUUUCUAGUCUCCAGCCAAGGCCGUGUGAAGAAGAUUGUAUCUGCAGAUCUUGGAUCACCCAAGUUUUCAGGAAAAGAUGGUGAAGGUGAAUACAAACGGCAAAUAGGAGAACAUAUUUCAAGAAAGGAUAAGAUCAGCAUUCUGGUAGAGACGCUUCUAGACCUAAAAGAUAGUAAAGAGGGUAUCUACAGUGCCCUGGAUGCCUGGGUUGCAUGGGAGCAGAACUUCCCAAUUGGAUCCCUAAAGCAGGUGUUACUGAAACUCGAGAAAGAGCAACAGUGGCAUAGAGUUAUCCAAGUUAUAAAGUGGAUUUUAAGCAAGGGGCAGGGCAGCACUAGAGGUACUUAUGCGCAGUUAAUUCUAGCAUUAGAUAUGGAUCAUAGGGCGAAGGAAGCACGUGAGAUUUGGAGGAAAAACAUUGGGUCGGACCUACAUUCGGUGCCAUGGUCAUUGUGCAGUCUCAUGAUGUCAGUAUAUUAUCGAAAUGAUAUGCUGGAGGAUCUUGUAAAGCUGUUCAAGGGCUUGGAGGCAUUUGGGCGUAAACCGCCGGAGAAGUCUAUAGUGCAGAAAGUUGCUGAUGCAUAUGAAAUGUUGGGCUUGUCCAAAGAUAAAGAAUGUGUGAUGGAGAAGUACAAGGAUCUCUUCAAUGAGACACUGGAUGAAAGGUCCAAGAAAUUUAAGGGAUUUCGGGCCAAGAAGAGAGGAGAAACAAAGAAGGAAGAUUGAGAAUGUAGUUAUUUACUUAUGUAUGCUUCUGUACAUCUUUAUUCUACAUCUUCUUGAAGUUGGAAGUAAUCAAUUAUUUCGGCAUAUGGCAACUGGCCCUAGUUUAUGUGAGACCUUACCGACUGUGUGUGUAUACUGAGGGAUCAAGUGAACCCUUUUAAAAUGAGAAACCUUUAACAACGUAAAGCAAUUACAAA